CACAAACUCACUUGGUGAUCAAACGCCUGCGGGAGGGUCGUCCUCACGGCGUAACCUACCAUACCAGGACUCAUACAAUGACCUCAAUAACCCCCAUGGACAUGGCUACCUGCGGUCACCUUCAAAUGUGGGCAGUGGGACGAUGAACACGGAUUCGUCUCCCACGACGGACCGGGCGCCCCCCACGCCUGUGCAAAACGGUCAUGCUCCCGUGUCACCAAACUCGUACCAAGAAUCAUCCUGGCCUUUGCCCGAGGGCAGCGCGACGCACAUAACGCACACGCCUGCCAUGGACGAAAAGCGGGUGCCAGCCACUGCUACAGUUUCCCCAUUCGACAGCUUUGACAACACUGGUACUACCAGUGGCACGGAAUAUCUCAGCUCGGAUAGACGACGUGCCGUUGAGCGUAGUAGCAUGGGUACCAGUUACCGUACACCAACGCCCCCACCACAAUAUGUACGAUGA